GUUUACAUCCGGGCACUUACAAUUGUGCGUGAAUAAGUUUGAUUUAGACUGGUGAACUGUUGUCGUUUAAACCCUUUAAAUUCCGUCAAAAUGUCAUGUCCCUUAGAUAUAUAACCGUCCGUUCCCCCUACGCUCUGAUCCUGUGACAGUUUUAUUUUAUCCUUUUUGUAUUUGUCGACUGUAAGUGUUCAAGAAGUGCAACACAACGGUACAAAAAUACGAGUGAAAGUUGACUAGCUUCGCGACGUGGCAGGGAACGGCGCUCCUGAGUGUUGUGCGUGCACUCACCACAACGAAGUGCGUGGCUGUCUUUCCUAGAGCUGGAGGAUGAUUAAGAAGUCAGAGCCUGACGGGGAGAGUGGAGAGAAGGAGGAAGAAGGUGGAGACAAGAGCAAGAGAGGACCUGAGACCCCUGCCAAGGCUAAGAUAGUCAAGUGGCAAUAUGAUGCUGAGACACUGUACAAUCUACGAGACAGCCCAGCCAGCAAGAGGAGACCACUGUGCUUAGCAGAGGAAUAUUGCGAUGAGAGUGGUACAUGGGAUCCGGAGAAGUGGCAUGGUGCGUUAUCAGGCAAGAGGUCACGGGGACCUUCACCUUUGACCCUACAGGAAGGCGGCAGGGACAGAAAGAAAUUUCCAGGUGAUGUCAAAGAUCGUCUGAAAGAUGACAAGGAUGGCAUCAUCCUCAGCCCCCAGCGGCGCAGCUUUGGCCACGGUUGUAGCGUCACCACCCCACUCAACACCUCCCUCCCAGCCCACCUGGGACCCAACUUUACUGAGCGCGGGGAUGCGGGCAGCAAAGAUGCCAUGCCUCGCAGCGUCCCCGCCCGACGUAUCGGGAGUGGUAGGAUCAUCACGCGUAACCGCUCCCUGGACCAGGAGGAGGCAGAGCCCAGGGAUCGGAGGGACAGUGGGAGAUAUGAGGACAGAGGAAGAGAGAGGAUGUAUAGUAGACGUGGGAGCUAUGGCAAUGCAGACCGCUCAUGGAGAAGCUCAAGGCAAGAGGAGCCUGAGUGGUUCACAGAGGGUCCUGAGAGCCAAUCAGAUACCAUUGUGCUUCGUGGCUUCAGCAGUAAACUCAUGGAUGACAGUGGUAGUGACACAGAGGCCAAGGAAGCAGGACCAUCGGUUCAGAAACGUAAAGGCAGCACAGAGACUGCAAGCUCCAGCUCCCCAGACCUGUCCCGUGAGAGAUCAGAGAACAAGCCCAACGCUAGGGCCACCACACCUAGCAAAGAGUUUGACAUCAAUGACUUCUUCAAGUUUGCAGAUCAGAUCCCCAUGCCGAUGGUAGCAAGCCCUGAGGAGACCGAGCGAUCAGGCAAGAGCCGUUUCAGCCAUCUCUUCACAUCCACGGUCAAUCGCAGCAGGAGCAACAGCAACAGCCGCAGUAAUAGCAGGAAAUCCUCACUGCAUGAGGAUGAGUUGGACUUCUUGAAUGAGUUGACUGGUCGUAGUAGUCCAGCAUUGAUGUCCCCUGCCUCUGUCUUCACUCCUAUCAAGCCUAUGGGUGACCACACCCCCCACCGUCAUCACCGCCAACACAACCAUCAACAAGACAUGUCUGGCCAGACACAGCAUUCUCUGCUACAUAUUCUACAGAGUGGCCAGGGACGAACCAUGCAGCAGAGUCACCCUGCCCCUGCAGGCCAUGUGAAGAGCCUGGCUGAGAUUGAGGCCAGUCUAAAGCAGACCUCAAUCACACCACAGCCAGCCCGUGGCAGGUCAACCCCGCCCAAUGUGCCCCUGGUACAGCCCUCAAGGCCCCCUAUCAGUGGAGCUGGUGGUGGAGGUGUGGGGGGACUGUUUGCCAUGAUGGGAGGCCAAGCUAAGGAGGAUCAGACAGCAUUCAAUCGAUUGGUGUCUAGCAUGAGAGCCUCAGGUAACCUGCCUGCAGGCAAGAUGCCACACCCAGUAGAGGGUCGUUCCCUAUCCCCCAUCGAGGUACAACUCCUACGUCAGCAAUUGACCCCCUCCCCUCAGCCCCCCUCCCAGAUGCUCUAUGGCCCCUCCCACCAGCCCUCCCCUCAUCAUGGCAUCAGUAGCCCCCGGGACCCUGGCGCUGCUGCUGCAGCUGCUAGCAUGGUGGCCAUGAUGGCUGAAAGCCAACAGCAUCAGCAACAACAACAACAGAUGCAACAACAGCAUGGGAUGGUGAUGGGAAACCAGGCAAGACGGCCACCAGCGCAGGGGCUACCCCCGACCCUACUGGUGCCUGAUAUUGUCAACAGAGUCCCUUCCCCCAUUGACCAGGAAGUCAUGGCCACCUUCAUGUCCCAAGCCCCUCCCUCCUCCCAUGACCGCCAGCCUCAUCUCCUGAAGCCUACACCAACCAACCAGCAAGAGGUCAUGAAUGCCCUCCUGCAGCAAGCCACUACAAACCCCACCCUGGCCGCUGCAUUACGCCCCCCUGGUGGGGUCACACCCCAGGGGGUCAUCAGCCCUGUGGGUCGGGUUCCGUCACCGGCAGUCCCUCAGGAUUUGUUGCAUCAGGCGUUACUUCAGCAGCAACACACGCCUAGAACCCCCUCACCGAUAGCUUUUGGACAGCAGUCACCCCUCCCUGGUGGCCGUAGCCCCAUUCCCUUUGGCCUGCCCGGGGCCACAUCACCCCUCUUACCCAACGCCCGUUCCCCGGUCAUACCAUCUAGCCCCACAGCCACCCCGAUCCGCCCACGUGUACCCUCCCCACAGGAGCUGGCUAAGCACACCCAGAACAUCCUGCAGCAGGCAUUGAUCAAGAGACAACUGGAGUUACAGAAGGAGAAAUUCAUGGCCAGAGAGUCGGCAAGUUACAGAUCCAAGUCUCCAGGACCAGCUAACCAGGGUCCUAUACCAGCCUUCCCAGGCCAGAUGCCACCCAGCUCCAUGGGUCAAGGACUUGGGUCUGAUAGACAACAUCAGAUACCUGCUAGCAACGUCAACCCUCCACAGACACCAACAAAGUCAAUGCCGAAGAUGAAUGCCACUGCGUUCACGCCCACGUCAGUGAUUCGCAAGUGGCAUGAGACACGGGCUGAGGCUAAGAUGGCUGGCAAUCCUGAAGCUAAGACAGAUAGUGAACAGAAGGAUGCUGAGGGCAAAUCCAAUGACAUGAUGCCAGGGUCACCUCAGCGUACCCCUUCCAGAGACAAAACAACGCCCAGCAUCCUGACCCCAACGGUAACUCUGACCACUGCUACGCCCCCACGAUCAUCGGCAUCCUCAGAACUUACAGUCGGUGGGGAUUCCUCAAGCAUGGACGGCAAUGCUAUGAAGCACGAUGGUGGCUUAUCACCCAUGCACAAGGCCAGAGUGCUGCAUAGUGGUGAGCAAGGAGGAGAGCAGCAUGGCACCCCACCAAGACCGCCAAUGCAGCAAGGGGAGAACCUGACAAGUCAACAGCAGCAACAGCAGAGAAUGCAGCAACCGCAGCAGCCCAUGCCCCAUUCCUCUCCAUCUAGACAUGCUAUCAAGCACCCAGAACAGCAACACCAACACCAGACUAACCAACAACCAACAUCAGACCAUAACUUCACUGGGGAUAGAAACCGGCCCCUACGUCAGCCGGCCAGACCUAACAGUCACUCCCCAAUCCCUCCAGGCAUGGGUGGCCAUCGUGGGGUCUCCCCUCGACCACCAUUUGGCCCUGGGGGCUUACCCCCUCGGAUGAAUCCUAACAUGAUGGCAUCGCCUGCUGCUGCCCAAGCUCAAGCCCAUGCCCAGGCGGCAGCCCUGGCUCAAGCCACGUUGCUUCGUGGAGCGCUGUUCCAACAAGCUAGUGGUAUGCCCCCACCUAUGAGAGGUGCAGCACCAUUCCCACAAAUGCAACAACAGGCUCAGUCCCGUCCCAACGUCCCUCCCCCAAUGGCCUCCAUGCAGAUGCUGCUGAAUCAGAUGAAUGCCUUCCCAGGAGCCAACCAGAUGGCUGCGUUAGUAGCAGCUGGCAUGCAGCAGAAACAGCAACAGCAGCAGCAGCAGCAGCAGCAACAGCAGCAGCAGCAGCCUCAACACAGACCGCCACAUAGUAACCAGCAGCAGUUCAACCAACAAGAUAUGUUCAAGCACAUGUCAGAGAUGUCAACAGGACAGCACCAGUCUCAUCAAUUCCAACAACAGCAGCAGCAGCAGCAGCAUCAUCAGCAGCAACAACAGCAGCAUCAGCCCCACCCUUCCCAGCAUCGCACACAGUUUGCCUCCCCACCCCAGUCCCACAACCACAUUGAUGACAGCGGUAUUGGUAUGAACGGCAACGCUGGCAGACACUCCCCAGUCAACCAACUUGCCAAGUGGUUUGGAGCUGACGUGCUGAACAAACCCCUGCCCCAGAUGGGUGCCGUGCUGCCUCAGGGACAGAAGGUCAUGUCGGUAGAGGAGCUGGAACGCCAACAGCAGGUGGUUGGUUGAAGGUUAGAGAUCAGAGGUCAGCGGUUAGGUCAGGGUAGUAGGCUAGUUUAAGAGGUGAGGGUCAAUCAAGAGAGUAUUUCAGUUGUGUAAAAAAUAUUUCAGUUCCUGAUACAGCUGGGAGUUAAAGGUCAUCUGGUUAAAGGUUACCUGAAGUCAGGAGUCAUUAAUAUCUGGUGUAGUCUGAAAUGACAGAAUACAAGUGUUUGCAUGCACAGGUGCAGUCACUCCAGUAGUGACUUGGACAUUUAUUGCAUUUUAGGACAAUGAUCUUUCACUCAUUCGAUUUUCACUGUUGGACAAACAUAACAUGUACACAUUUGUAAAAUAUGUAAAUUAUUGUAUUUGUGCAAGUCCCCCCCCCCCCUUAUUUCCAUGUUGGUGGAUUUUUUUCCAUUUUUUUGGUGUUGUUGAUGGAAAUGUUGAUAUUCAUUGUCGACACAAAUAAAAAUAGUUGAAGCAUCAAAUUGUUUUCUUUAUCUUUGAUGUUAAAAGUGAAAUGAUGUGAUUCUCAAGAAAGGAUGUCCUUGUUUUUUUAAGAUGAUGAUAAUUUUCGCUGAAAAUAAGAAGAUUGUUUUCGUUAAUGCAGAAGAAAUUCUUCACUGAAUGUUUGCAUUGAAAUCAAAGUGUAGUGUUCCUGUAGUGCAGUAGUUUAGAUUGAUGUUCAGUGUGUACUAGUAGCACCUUUAUGUUCAGUUAUGUGUAGUUUCUAUCGUUUAUUGAAAAGUGUGUUGAAACUCCAAAAAGAAUUUUUGAGAAGAGAAAAGUUGCUUUACUACGGAAAAUCCGCAAAAGUUGAGUAAGUUUCCUGAUGUCCAAGCAAGAUCAGAUAGUUUUGUAUGUGAGAUUGGUCAUUGCCGUUAUAACUUCAAUUUGUUUAUACAAAGAAAAAAAAGUGAACAUUAAUGUAUAUAAACAGCAAAAAGAUUUCAAUGUUCAAACAGUUGUAAAUAUUGUAUUACUUUUGUCUUCUUU